AUGGAUUCAUGUAAACCAGAAUUUAUGGAUUCUUGUAACAGUGACAACAACACCUGCAGCCUCAUCACCACCAUCACCAACACCAACACCACCAGCAACAACAGCUUAGGUGGUAGCUCUUCCCCUUCUGCUUCCCCCACAAGUAGCCGCUAUGAGAACCAAAAGCGCCGUGACUGGAACACCUUUGGACAAUACCUCAAGAAUCACCGACCCCCUUUAUCCCUCUCUAGGUGCAGUGGUGCACAUGUUCUUGAAUUUCUCAGGUACUUGGACCAAUUUGGAAAGACUAAAGUCCACACUCCGAUCUGUCCCUUUUAUGGCCAUCCAAACCCUCCAGCUCCAUGUCCAUGUCCUCUUAGACAAGCUUGGGGUAGUCUUGAUGCUCUCAUAGGUCGUCUCAGGGCAGCUUUUGAAGAAAAUGGAGGAAAACCUGAAACCAAUCCAUUUGGAGCUCGUGCUGUGAGGCUUUACCUUCGUGAGGUUCGUGAUCUUCAAUCCAAAGCAAGAGGAAUCAGUUAUGAGAAGAAGAAGCGGAAGCGUCCACCACCACCACAACAACAACAACAAUCAAUGUCACUACCUCAUCUUCAUCAUCACCAUAACCACCAGCUUCCACCUCCAGGUGCAGCUCAAUAA